AUGAGCUGGGCCGGAUUCAAGAAGACCGUCAAUCGGGCGGGUACAACCUUGAUGCAAAAGACAGGUCAACUGGAAAAGACAACCGAUCGAGAAUUUCAAGAACAUGAGAACAGAUUCAAAACGAUGGAGAAGAACUCGCUUUUGCUGCAGAAGGAAGCCAAAGCGUACUUGGAUUCAAUGCGAGCCAUGACCAGCGCUCAAACACGAGUCGGUGAGACAAUCGACAAUUUCUAUGGCGACUCCUCCGAAGCAGCCAUCGCAUCAAACUCUUACAAGCGGGCAGUCGAAGAAUUGGAUGAAAUAGCUAUCAGAGAGCUAGACACACCUUAUCGCAGCACUGUCUUAGAACCGGUUGGCAGGUUCUGCUCUUAUUUCACCGAGAUCAAUAAUACCUUGACCAAGCGCCACAAAAAACUGCUUGAUUACGAUGCAGCACGAACAAAAGUCAGGAAGCUAGCGGAAAAGCCCUCGGACGACCCUUCGAAGCUAAUUCGGGCAGAGAAGGAAUGUGACGAGGCGAAGCAGAUCUUCAAGGCCUAUAAUGACAGUCUAGUCAAAGAGCUGCCGGAGAUCGUCGACCUGAGGAUUCCCUACCUCGACCCCUGUUUCGAGGCCAUGGUCCGACUCCAGCUCCGCUUCCACGAGUCCGGUUACGACAAGCUCGGUGGCGUCCAGCGUUACUUCUCUGAAUCUGUUCGCGACGACUAUGCAAAUGGCCAACUUGAUAAUCAGGUGGAAACCGCGUUGCAAGAGAUGAGAGAAUUGGCCAUCUGCGGUCUACCCUAA